AAAACUCCAGCUCGAUCACGUGACUUUGUUGUUACGCGUCGACGUCACAGUACGUAAACUGUAACUGGAAGCCGUGAAUUUGGAAACAAACAGAAAUGAGAAUAGAAACUGACACUGAUUGUGCUCGAUGAAAUGAGCAGAGACAGGUUCAAAAUGCUGCCGUCAUCCUGUGACACCUUUGUGGCUCUGCCCCCCUCCACUGAGAAGGACCGUAUAAUUUUUGGGAAAAACUCUGACAGGCCUUGUGAUGAAGUCCAGGAGGUGGUGUAUUUUCCUGCCCAAAACCAUGAAGCAGAGGAGAAGGUUGAGUGUACAUACAUAGAGAUUGAGCAGGUUCCCCACACUUAUGCAGUCGUGUUGAGCAGACCAGCAUGGCUGUGGGGGGCAGAAAUGGGCGCAAAUGAGCAUCAAGUGUGCAUCGGGAAUGAAGCGGUGUGGGGCAGGGAGAGUGCUGAUGGUGAGGAAGCUCUUCUCGGCAUGGAUCUUGUCAGGCUUGGACUUGAGAGAGCCGAUACAGCCGAGAAAGCUGUGGAUGUUAUUACUGAGCUGCUGGAGAAAUAUGGCCAGGGAGGAUCUUGCAUGGAGGAUGAAUGUGGCUUUACCUACCACAACAGCUUCCUCAUUUCAGACAGGAAGGAGGCAUGGCUGCUGGAAACAUCAGGGAAGCACUGGGCAGCAGAGAGAGUGAAAGAUGGAUACCGCAACAUCUCCAACCAGUACAGCAUUACAACUAAGAUAGACAAGGAACACCCAGAAAUGAGGGGAUAUGCACAAAGCAAGGGCUGGUGGGAUGGAAAGACUCAGUUCAACUUUGCCACAGUCUACUCCUUCAUGACCACAGCCAGAAUAGAAGAAGCUGGGAACCGCUAUUGUGAGGGCAAAAAGCUGCUGGAAAAGAGCAACGGUCACAUCACUGCUGAGACGAUGAUGGAUAUCCUGAGGGAUAAAGACAGUGGCAUCAACAUGGAGGGCAUGUUCAUGACAACAGGAAGUAUGGUAUCAGUGAUACCCAAGGAUUCUUCUCUGCCAGGAGUUCACUAUUUUACAGCAACUCCAGAUCCUGAAAGGUCUGUAUUCAAACCUUUCGUCUUUGUGGAAAACCUCAAGCUGCUGAAAGAGACCUCUUCUCCAAGUUAUGGUCCGGAUGACCCUGUGAAAAAGAAACCCCGAUUCCAGAGCAAACCCGACCGCAAACAUGAGUUGUUUGUCAAACACGAAUUGAUGACUGCCAUCAUUGAAUGCCACAAGGAGAGAGGAAAGAAGAUCACGCAAAAUAUGAGGCAGCUAGAGAAGGAAAGGAUGCCAGAGAUGGAGAAGCUUCUCACACAAGGUGCUGAGAUACCUGACCUUUUGGUGAAUCUGUUCUCAAAGUGUGUGAAGGAGGAGAUAGCCGUGUACAGUAAAAGUUGAGAGGCCAAAACACGUCUCCGGCAGUAGCAGUGUAUGCAGUUUACACUUCAGUCAGGUAUGAGUAAAUUACUAUCACGGCCCAGGAAAAUGCUGACUCAUGCAUCAAAUCAUUGACCAGAACUACAGGACAGAACCAAAUCAAUACGUGACACAUGAUUUAAGGGUUUGGUAAUGAAAUUUAUUUUAAAACAAAUCCAUUUAAUAAAUAUGCUGCCUUUGACAAAAUAAAAAGAAACUUGUUAUUCUGCACCUGUUUUGUGAUUAAUUUAAUCAUAAACACAAAUCAUUGCAUUUAAAAAAAGCCACAAUAAUGGUUAGUUUUCUAAUUACAUUAUUAUAUACCUGAGAAAAAAAAAUUAUUACAGCAGCUUACACUUUUCUAAUGCAAAAGUUCAUUAAGUUUUUGUGAAGCAAGAUGAAAUUUUCUAAGCCACUUUCAAGUAAACACAUUACUUUAACACGCUGUUCUUCAGUCCUUGAUCCAAGCUGCCCCAUAAUGGUUAUAACAUACAAAUAAUGAUGGCUUUUUGACUUCUCCAAGUGGCAGUUUACUUUUGUUGUCAUUUAAAAAAAAAAAUAAACAUGAC